AUGUCGUUAAAAGCUGGUCUUUUAAUUUUCUGUAUUGUUAGCAUCAAUGCUAUGACCAUGGAUAAGGGAGACGCUUUUGAUUGUCCAGUUAACGAAAAAUAUGUCGAAUGUGAGUUGGCAGUUUGUCAGAAAUAUUGUACGGACCUCAACACUCCUCCAGGAUGCGCUGGAUUAGCCCCAGGUUGUUACAUGCCCGCCUGUGUGUGCAAAGAUUACUGGUUGAGAAACAAAGAUGGCAUCUGUGUGCCUUAUCAAGAUUGUGGUAAAGAAUCUUAA